UCCAAAGGAAUCACGACAAGUGUAAUUGCCGAUGCGACUGAAAAGAGUAGCAAUAAACACGUUGCGACUGCGAACGACGGACGCAAUCGGUACCUAGCACGUCGAAAUUCCUUCCGCUCCAGACCUCCAUUUCUCACGGAGGUUUAGUGUGGUGACUGGAGCAGGAAUUGCAGGAGGCCCAAUUCAAUCGGUUUCUUGUUCUUUGGUCUCUCCAGAAUCUUCCUCCGGCCGCGCUGUUCUUGGCCAGUUGGCCUAUACUCGUUUGAUUGCUUUGCCCAUUCUUUCCUGCUCCUGUUCUUGAAAAACUUUCUUUGGCAAUUUUUUCACUCUUCCCAUCGAAUCCUCAAUCCAAGAGUCCUCCCGAGGAUCCGCUUGCCCGCCGUCUCCGUUAGCGCCAAGAUUCUCGCCGGCGUUUUCUUUCUAAGGGGGAUCUGAACUGAGGAGGGAACCGUGAUGCAGCCGCGGUACGGAGACGCACGACAGCAGGUGCGGGGGCGUUACGGGCUGUACCACUUCGGCACCAGCGGCGCCGCCGUCGCCGCUGCCACCGCCUUCACCCAUCCACUCGAUGUUAUCAAAGUCAGGCUUCAAAUGCAGCUUGCUGGGCAAAGAGGAAACUUAGUUGGAAUGGGAACAAUAUUUACACAAAUGGUUGAAGCGGAAGGGACUCGAUCACUCUACCUGGGACUUGCACCAGCUUUGACAAGAUCUGUUGUGUAUGGUGGCCUUCGGUUAGGAUUGUAUGAGCCCUGCAAGCAUGUCUGCAGUUAUGCAUUUGGUUCAACAAACUUUGCUUUUAAAUUUGCAUCUGGAGUCAUUGCUGGGGGCCUUGCAACUGCUUUAACAAAUCCCAUGGAGGUUUUGAAGGUGAGGUUGCAGAUGAGUAAAAGCAGUACCAGUACAAUAGGAGAGAUGAGGAAAGUUUUAGCACAUGAAGGGUUCAAAGCACUUUGGAAAGGAGUUGGCCCAGCAAUGGCAAGAGCAGGUUGCCUCACCGCAUCACAAAUGGCAACUUAUGAUGAGGCCAAGCAGGCCUUAAUGAAGUGGACACCACUUGAAGAAGGUUUUCAAUUACAUCUCAUCUCGAGUUGCAUAGCUGGAACAGCUGGCACUCUUGUGACCGCACCUGUAGACAUGAUCAAAACACGGUUAAUGCUGCAACGGGAGUCCAAAGGUACCAGAGUAUACAGGAACGGGUUCCAUUGUGCUUACCAGGUUGUGGUGACAGAGGGUGUGAAAUCACUUUAUAAAGGCGGAUUUGCCACAUUUGCGAGAUUAGGCCCUCAGACAACGAUCACCUUCGUCGUGUGCGAGAAACUGCGUGAACUUGCAGGAAUGACUGCUAUCUAGUACCACCCCAAAUUGCAUAGGCAUACUCUAGCCGAAUUUUCACAUCAUUUUUCAUUCAUCAUUCUUGAUGAGAAGGGAGAAAUAAGCACCCACUGGGAUGUUUAAGGAUUGGGAAGCUGAAGCUUCUGCAGAUUUGCCGUACCACAUUCUAAAUUUUGAAAUGGCGUGACUGUAUCGGUAUAAUUUAUA